CUACGUAUUUCCGGGUUUACCAGGUUUGUGGAAACGCCAAAGUUUUCUUUCCAUGUCAUCAACAUUUUUUUUAUGUAUAGAUUUUCUUCCCUCAGAGUGUUGUACAUUUUUUUCGUUUCGAUGUCUGAGGGUUUGUGUCUUACCUUGAGCUAAUUAUGAAGCCUUUAUGACCUCAGACUGAAGAAACACACCGACAAGAAAGCAGAUAACUCCUGACAUGGUUUCAUCCGCUUGCUGACUGACAGCAGGACUUUAUGAGAGAGCACUACAAUGUGGACUGACAAACAAAGAGGAAUCAGAGUUUCUCAGGAGCAGCUGCUCUGCAAGAACUCCUGUGGGUACUAUGGAAAUCCUGCGUGGCAGGGCUUCUGCUCCAAGUGCUGGAGAGAGAAAUCACGUCCAUCUGGACCACCAAGAGAAGACACAAGACCGAGCAGUGACGGAGUACCGCCCACAUUCUCCAAAUUUGAGGAAAAGAAAAACAUAGAGAAAGGACGUCGAAUUAACACUGUGAGGAGACUCUUCUGGGGGGGCUCGUCACCUACAAAACCUCAAGAAUCCUCUGAGAGCCAUGCAGAAGUGUUAAAGGCUUUCCAGAACCUUGAGCCUGGGGACUUCACUGGUUUCCUGAAGAUACUGCGGAGCCCGCUCUCCCAGCGGUUACAGUCUCGCUGUACAGCUUUUCUCAACACGAUGGAGGCUUACCAUGAUCUGCCAGUACAGAAGCAGUCAGAUCUUGUGCAAGAUUUCUACCAGUCUUUUUCCGAAUAUUUUAAAAGUUUUCCUGAAGCUCAGGUCACUCAGAUAAUGGAGCAUGUGGAGAAGCUGAUAAUGACACGGCUGCACAAAUGGGUGUUCUGUCACGACAGUUGUGAUGAUGAACAGAAGGAUCUGGCCCUGCAAAGGCGAAUACGCUCCCUAAACUGGGUGACUCCACAAAUGCUAGGGGUACCUUUUCCACAUGAAAAGACUCCAGUCACAGGGGACCCCUUCCUGCCCGCUAUAACAGCUAUAAUUGAAAUGGAUGCCAAACGAGCACCGCAGGACAAGCUCACGUGUGUGUCUAAAUGCAGUCAGCACGUCUUUGAAGCGCUUUCGACGUCCAACAGUGAGCCUGCAAAUGCUGAUGACUUCCUGUCAGGCCUUGUGUAUGUGGUGCUGAAGGCCAAUCCACCUCGCCUCCACUCCAACAUGCAGUACAUGAUUCGUUUUGGACUCCCCCACAGUCUCAUGGCUGGAGAGAGCGGCUACUACUUCACCAACCUGUCCUGUGCAGUGGCCUUCAUUGAGAAGGUGGACGGCCCAGCGCUCAGCCUCAGUCCUGAAGAGUUCGAGGGCUACAUGCUGGGUCAGCGUGCGCCUGCUGUGCUUACCAGGAGACAACAGGUAGCCAAUGACACACAGCACCUGUUAGCAGAGCUGCAAGGCAGGCAAGAGAAGCUGCACCAAGAAGUAGACGCUCUCAAUUCACAGUUACAAAAGUGGGUCCAAGCGGUUCACUCACAAGUGGACGAGGCAGCCACCAGUUUCUCCAGGGUACAGAAGACGAUAACGACACAAUCUGAGACCUCACAGGGUGUCUCCUCUUCAGCCCAAGAUGCCUCCCAGCAAGAGGAUGUUGAAGAGCAGUCCACGCUGGUGCUUGAUGAUCAACAUUAACCACUAAAAGAUACAGACUGUUAGCCUUUUUAGUGGAAUCUACUACAGUGGUACUUAAUCAUCAGCACUAACACGUGUAGGACAAGUAAGAUUUAUCUUCCAAUGACAUAUUUGCACAAGUUACCACGGCCAAGGGAGGGGCUUCAUUAGCUAGUUUUAUAUGAAGAAGUAUUUUCUGAAGGAAGCUUUAGGCAUGUAGCCUCUCACUUGUAAAGUUUGAUAAACUCAAAAAAGUUCAAAAUGAUUUCCGGAUGUACUUCUGAAUGAAGGACAUUAAAUAGAGGGGCCAGAUUCUAGGUAAUAACUCGGGUGGUCAGACUAGUAUUAUCCACUCAGGGAACACAGUGCUAGGAGAUGCCACAGCUAGCUUAAAGGGUGCUUGUCACACAUGAUUUUUUUUCCAAUAGUGUAUACCAAUGUGCCUUGAAAACGACCUAUGUGAAAUAAAAAUAUGGAGAUGGAGGAAAAAUGUGAAACAUUGAGCACUACAGGUGAGGGUAUUUGUUUGUCAGAGCUGUGCAGCUUGGAAAGAUGUUUUCCGCGCAGUUUGACACUCAAACAAAAUUUUUGGCCUGUGAUUGUAUAGAAAACGUGUUUACAAUUCUGUAAAGGUUUCUGAUGAAAAUGAAGGUGUAAAAUUGUUUAAACAAUUAUAUCCACUAAUGUAUUAAAAAUGAUUUAUCUGGGUUUUUUUAGUUGUUUCUUCAAUUUUGGAAUGAAAUUA